UCUUAUUUGUUCUCUCCAGCAGGAGGGCGUUCCGCUGAAGAACAUACGAACACACUGUGGUGAAUUAUGCCGGCGUACGUGCGCACUGAUUCAUAUUUAGAUGCUGCCACAGCUUAGCUGUUAUCCCAGGGUCUGUGUUUUUGAACCCCGGGCCUUCCUUGAUGUUAGCCUUCCUGGUGGUAACACUGCCGGGGGAAAGGCGACAGAGGAGGCCAGGCCCGAAGACAUGGAGGCUAGCCGUCCUUGCAGAGGGAGUGAGCUGUAGGACGUGGUGAUUUCUGAGCAGGGUUGGCCCUCCUAGUAUGGACCCCGGCCACCUCGGAGGGGAUAUGUCACCUUUGUAUAUGCCAAGAAAGAGGAAGCCUGUUCACUCACUUUCAAAAAGUGGAGUGCAAUGUCCAGCUGCUGUCCAGCGAAUGCCAGAAAGAGCCUGUGAAGUAAAUACAGUUGGGUACUCAGAGGAGGAUGAGUCCCAAACUGAAGACGGAGUAAAGAUGAAGAGAACUUACAGUAGGAAAAGGUAUGAGGACCUCCAGAGUGUUUCCCUGGGAACAGUAGAUUACUCGACAACCAGCUGUUCUGUGAUGUCAUCAGAUGGCCUGGCCAAUGGGUCAGACCCAGUGUCCAUCGGUCUGCCCACUGCAAGGCUCCCUCCAAGACUGGUCGCGAAGGAUGUUUGGCCUCAAGGCCCAGAAGCUAGCGGGGAGCAGUCCCAGCCUCAUGAUCAGAGCUGGAACUCCAGCAGGGAGCGAGGACCUGACGCCUGGGCUCCAGGCAGAGACCGACCCCAGGACCAGGUGUGGAACUCUGGCAGAGACAGAGGGGGACACUCCAGUCAGGACCAGAUAUGGAUUCCAGGCAGGGACAGAACUCAGUGUGGGCCGGAUCAGUCCUGGAUGACAGGCCAGGAGCGGGGUCCUGAUCAGGGCUGGGCAGCUAGCAGAGAUCAAGGACAGGAUCAGGCCUGGAAUGGAGGCAGAGAUCCAGGAAGGGACCGGGACUCGUCAGUGCCGGAGCAAGGGUGGGGUACUGGCCGAGGGCCAGAUCAAGCCUGGAACAACACAAACAGGGAUAGAGGGAACGUGUGGAGACCUGACUUGAACAUGAAAAAGGUCCAGAGGCCAGAGAUGGAGCCAAGCCCCGCACCCAAUAACUUCACACAGCCACCAGAGGGCAGAGAAUCCUGUUCAGAUGCUGCCAGUGCUGGUCAGGCCUCAACAGCUCAGCCGAACGAAGACCAGAAACCUCCAAUCCUGCCGGCUAAGAAGGAACCUCCUACUUAUCCUCCAGGAAGCCAAGAGGAACGUUGGCAGCUCCAGAUUGUUGCCAAAGGAAGAGUCACCUGUCCAAAGUGUAAAAGUGUGAGCAGGAAGACUGUGGAGGGGCUGAAGAAGCACAUGGAGAACUGCCGACUGCAACCUUUUACCUGCCAACACUGUGGGAAACAGCUCAAGUCUUCAACAGGGAUGAAGUAUCACAUCAUGGCUGACCACAGCCACUUGCCUUCAGCUGAUGAUGCCAAGGACCUGGAUGAUCGUGCUAUAAAAGACAAGCUACGUAAAAUCCUGAAGAGACUGGGAAAAUUAAAAUGUUCCAAAGAGGGUUGUAACGCUGCAUUUACCAGCAUCAUGGGCUACGUGUAUCACAUGAAGAAGUGUGGAAAGGAGGAGUCUGAGCUGGAGAAAAUGCUGCUGAACUGCUCUCACUGUGGGAAGACGUAUAAAUCCAAGGCUGGUCUGGAGUAUCACCUGAAAUCAGAGCAUGCUCCUACACCACAGAAGACUGAGGAAGAUGAGGCACUGAAGGCUCAGAGGGAGGCUAAUCCAGAGAGGACGCCCAGUGGCAGGGUGCAGAGAGCCUCAGCCCAGGUGGCCAACUUCCACCUGGCUGAGAUUGCCAACAAUGAACUGCCCAAAGACUGGCCCAAGAGGAAGUUUCAGUCCGACCUGGUACCAGAUGACAAGAAGUUGAAAUAUGCCCGACCCGGCCUCCCUGCCUUCAGCCAGGAGGUGCUGAGGAAGUGGAAGAAUGAGGUGAAGCUGCAGAGGAAAGUCCAGUGCCCCAACCAGGGUUGCGGUUGCACCUACACGAGUGUGUCUGGACUCAAAGCUCAUCUGGGACUCUGCACGAGGGGCGACUUUGAGGCCGGUAAAUACAGAUGUCUGAUCUGCAAUAAAGAGUUUAACUCUGAAAGUGGAGUGAAAUACCACAUCAACUCUGUCCAUUCACAGGAUUGGUUUGUGACGAACAAAAAAGCCUCGAAGAAGUUUGAGAAGUUCCUUAAAAACCAGCCCAAAGAGGUCGUCCGUAAUGUGGAUAAGCAGACUGUUGAUCAGUACCACCAUCAUCACCUGCAGCAUCAUCCUCAUCAUCAUCAUCAGCAGCACCAUCAACAACACUCACAUCACCACCAUCAGCAGCAGCACCAGCUCCAGCACCAGCCUCUGCAGCACCCACUUCAGCCGCUGCAUCACCUCCAACACCAAACUCAGUACCUCCAUCCAGAGAGGCAGAACCUUCCUCCACAAGUGGACCCCCAGCCCCAACAGCCGAUGCUCCAGUACACCAGUUUGGAGCCUCCUCCGGGGCCAGUGUGGGUCGAUAUGGACCACAGAGGAGCCGUGCUGGGGCCGGAGCAGGCCCCGAUCGAAAUGGAAAUGGCUGACAAACCUGAGGAGGACAGCGGUGGGAUGAUGAAGGAUACAAGGAGAGGGAAGGAGGAAAGAGGAGUAGAUGUAGGGGAGAGGGGGAAGGCUGAUAAGAAGCAGAAGGAUUGCUUCACUUUCGGCGGUAGCAGCAGAGGCGGAGGUUGUGGGCGCAGCAGCAGCAGUAGCAGUAGCAGCAGCAAUACCGGCAGCUCAUCGAGCGAAUCGGAGGUCGAGCAGCAGGAGCGGCAGAGACAGAUUGACCAGUGGAGCUUGAAACGACCGGGCAUCAUGGGCCUCUCGCUGAGGCUGGAAAGCGACAGAGAAACAUUUAAAAAGACCUAAAAAAAACACACUUUCCUUCACAUUUCAAAUGUCUGCAGCUGAUUUGAAUGGAAGUAGAGAAAAAAAGGUGAAGCGAGAAAAACGUCUGCAUAAGUUUUCCACAAGACAAACCUGUGAGAUGGCAGCUGAGACAAUUAAAUUCACUAACCUUUCGGAAGUGAUGGUGGAUGCCUUGAAGACAAGCUCUCAAGCUGUGAGCGUGGAAAGCUCAGACUGCUCGUUUCCAGAGGCUGUUUCUGUCUUGAAAUGGUUGUCGUUGUAUAACCUUGAGAAAUGUAGUUUAUCGUGUGUUUAUCUGUAGCAGAUUGUUUCCACCAACUUUAAUUGUCUUAUUGUUUUAAAAGGUUUCAUAAAACUCUUCUUGUCUUUCAUGUUUUGAUUUAAAUGGUAAAUGGCCUGUAUUUGUAUAGUGCUUUACUAGUCCCUAAGGACCCCAAAGCGCUUUACACUACAUUCAGUCAUUCACCCAUUCACACACACAUUCACACACUGGUGAUGGCAAGCUACAUUGUAGCCACAGCUGCCCUGGGGCGCACUGACAGAGGUUAACCUGAACAGAGACUGCCAGGUGGAGUGUUUACUUGUACUUGUCUAGUCACGCUCUCUGAAGACAUUUUGUGCCUCUCGAGUAUGAUUAGUAUAACUUCAUACUACUCAUCACUUUUAAUUAUGACUGAUCACCAUCCUUGGUGAAGUAAUGUUGGAUCAGGAUCACUGUUCACUGGCUUGGAUUCUUCUGUCUGUCUGAUAUUGUUUUCAUUUCAGAUUUUUUUUAAUAUAAUUUUGUAUUUAGUUGCCAUUCUUAAGUGAAACCUGCUGCCAGUUUACAGACUUUUGGGCAUGUACAUGUGACAUAUAAGUAGCAAUGAAGCAAAUCUAAUGUAAAAGGAAAGAAAUGAAAAUAACAUUGUAUCAACUAAAACUUUAUUUCCUAAAGUGUACUGGAAACAUCAGUACUAUUCUUAUUAAGUGCAAAACAGCUUAAGCAAUUAAUCGUGUCCAUUGUAUGACUGCAACUCAUCUCCAUCAGUUACAGAAUAUAAUGAGCAGUCUGAAACCACGUAUCACCAACACAUCUGAAAAUUCCCUCCUAAACUGAAUCUCUUGAUCCUGAUAAUGUUCUGAUAAUUUCUUGAGAACUUGAAGGCCAUAUUACACAUUUAUUUUCUUAUUUUGCUUUUAAUAUUAAUGAAUAUAUGGCACAAAAUGUCCAGUUUUUCGCUAUAAUCACUUCUAAACUGGGCCCGGCCCUACCUCUGGUAAAGAUUUCAUGCGCAUAAAAUCAGUAACAUUUUCCUUAAUCCUGUGAACAAACUGACAAAUUAACCAAGCACACAGCCUCCUUAGUGGAGGUAGCUACAGGAUGUACCCCCUGUUAAUUAAAGCUCUGUUCUUGUAGGAUUAUUUGAUGUAACCUGUGAAGUGGGAAACCUUAAAAAAAUUGUUAUGUACCAAGAAACAGAAACAAACAUAGUUUAAUUUGUUUGCGUAGAAAUUAACCAGUGAGUGACAUGACGUGAUUUUUUGUUCUUUUAUUUUUGUUGAAAUGUAGAAAUCCUUUAUUUGCCAAAACCUGGUUCAACGUCAGCAGUUAAAAAUAAUCUUAACUCAAGUUAUGCAUGUGUUUCUUUAUUGGGUUUAUUAGAUAGGUGCAGUGACGAGUGACAGGAAAGUGGAGGGAGAGAAAGACAGGUCGGAUUCAAACCUGGGCUGGCCGCUCCCAGCAACACAGUGUAUGAUCACCUAUACCAAAAAAACAAAAGAAAAACAUCAGUAAAUGUUAAAAACAAAUAUUUUGUCUCUUCUUUAUUUUACAUUUUUUAUGUCACAUUUGAUUAUGUUGUGCAGACCUUCAGUCAGAGUGCAUGCAUCCUCCCAGCUCUCCUCCACUGACAUAAAUGCAGCUGACUGGGAUGUGAUGAAUGGAAGCUAACUAUCAUGUAACAUGAAGGAUAUUCACUCUUAUUUAACCGACAGCAUGUAGCCUAAUGUUUAUGUACUCUGUGUUUUGUAUCUCCUACAGUGGGAAAUUGUCACGUCAGUCAGUUCUGUGAUGUUUUCCUAUAAAUGUGCAUAUUUUUUUUACAAAUUUAUUUUGAAUGUAUAAAUGUGUUUAAGUUCUUGUUUCUCCCAUUUCUUCUGCACUCCCAUAGAGCUGGAUAAAUGAACCGUUUAACACAAAUUGUCUCUUAAUCAGUGAAAUUAUGUAAAAUGAAAAACACCCAUGACUGUAUUUACUGUGUUUGAUUUCUUUUUACCGUCCAUCAGAUGACUUUAGGAUGAAUAGUUGGUGUUGUUUAAGUCUCAAAUUAGAAAACGCAUUAUUUUUUAUUUUUAUUAUUGUUAUUCUCUGUUAAUUUUAAGUGUUGGCGAACAUUUGGUUCUGAGUUGUGUCGGGACCUCUGCAUACUCACUUGCAAGUCUUUUUUUUCUUCAUUUUUAGACUGUUAAGACUGAAAAAUCUUGAAAACAUUAAUUUAACUUUAGUUUUAUAUCUGUCUUUGUCACUAACCACUACAGAUUUCUUUUGAUGGUGUUUGUACGUAAGAGGGAAAUAAUUAUAAGACUUAAGUCGGUAGUUUCUAAUCUUUGUGGGUUGUGAUCUCAUGAAGUGAAGCCAGUAUCUACCUUCAUGAGAGAUUGCGUUUUCUUUGUGGUCACUUUAUUAGGUACACCUGUCCAAUCUUAAUUCGAUUCAGUUCAACUCUCCAAAUGUAAAGCCUACUUUCUGUCUAAAAUAGUGAGGGUUUGCUUAAUAUAUGAAUUAUUUUGUAACAUAAUAUGAUGGACGAAAACAUUUUUGUCAUGAUGAGCUCUAUAAUAAACACAAUAGCACAUUUCUGAUAUUCUUCAACAUAAUCUACACAUAAAAGUAGAUUUUUUUUAGAGCUCAACUAAUUUACAAGAUAACUGAUACUGAUAGCUGCUGGAGCCAAAACAGUAAAACACCUGUGACAAAAUAGCUUGAAUGAAUUAAAAUAGCUCAACAAAAUAGCCCAAUUAAAGAGAAAACAAAUGAGCUCAAUUAAGCUCAACAGGUAAAAUUAUUAAUAUUUCUCCUUCUUUUGGGUGUUCACUUUUGGGGGUUACCACAGCACAUCAUCCUCCACAUUCUUAGCCUCUAGGGUAGGGAGAAAGCCGGUGUCCUGCAGGUUUUAGAUCUCACCCUGGGUCACCACACCUGAAUGUGAAAAUGAUUAGUUCAUUACCAGGCCUCUGGAGAACUUCAAGACAUGUUGAGGAGCUCAAUCAGCCAUUUAAUCAGCAGUGUUGGAUCAAGGACACAUUUAAAUCCUGCAGGACACCGGCUCUUGAGGCCUGGAGUUCCCUACCCCUGCUCUAAGGUCACACCAACUAUCUCCCUCUCCAUCCAUAAAACUUCUCUGGGUUCUUCUUUUUCCACGUACCUUUCAGCUCCAUCAUCAUCAUCCUUUCUCCACGGUCCCUGCUCUGCACGUCCAAACCCUCUCAGCAUUACCUUUCUAACUUUGUCUCCAAACCUCUCAACCUUUGAUGUACUCAUUUCUAGUUCUGUCAAUCCCCUAAAUACAAUAAAAGAACAACAAUACAGUAGAAAGCUGAAAAGAAUUCAGUUAAAUAGCUCACAUUCAGUAACUCAAAAUAAAAUAAAAGUGACUUCCUAAAUGUAGCAAAAAGUGUAUACGUACAGCUCGUUUAUGAUGCUGAAAAGGGUAAUUUGGGGGGAUUUCAUUCAAAACUUUCCAGUAAUGCCUUACAAAAGCUUAUUACUCCUAAGACACUUCUGAGUCACCAUGACCUACUGUACUGUAAUGCUACUCUGCUACAGGUGCUGCAAACAGUGCUGAUAGUGGAGAGGAAACAACUCCUAAACUUACUAAACUCUAAAUGACUCUGAACACCUUUAUCUGCUUUAUGUUCAAUAAAAAUAAAGUUCUGAUAUGAAAUCAUAUCAGUCAGCAAACUGUAUACGUCAAUAUAUGUGUUACAGGUUAAUACAGGGCAGUAACGUCAUUGAACUGGUACAUUCAUCAGGGUUUACAGAGCUGUUGUUUUGAAUUGCUAAAGAUUGCACAAAGUUACCUUAUCAGUUGAGGUGAGGCGUUGAUGUUGUGGUUUAAAAAUAUAAAAUCAAUUUCAAACCAGUCUUCAGACAAAAUAUUAAGCAAAGAUUAGAAGGACUGUGUAAAAAAUUAGACAAUUUAUGUUUUAUUAUUUCUCCCCCCUUUUUAUGGCAGUCAUAUUUGUAAUAAACUUUGUUAUCACCCUGCAUGCACUUUGGCAUGUUUCACAGCACAAAUGAAAGCAGCCUUUUCUAUUUGACUAAACAUUUGACCUAUUUAAUAACAGAAGCUCUGCAUUUCAUGGGAUAACACCGAAAUAUGUUUUCACUAUAACAAAACUAUUAAGGUCAGUGUGGUUCAAACUUUGCUUUUUCCUGCUGUCUUCCUGUCCUUAUAUUGUAGACCAGCAUCUGUUAAUGCUGGAGCACAACUCUGACAUCUAGUGUGAGUUUUUAUUCUAAUUUUUUCUGUUCCAUUCAACUGGAAAGAAGUAGUGAGAGGCACUCGAGAUUUCCAUUUGAUAUUAGUAAUGUAAACAUGAUUUGAUCUUAACCUCCUCCCGUUAAGUGAUUGAUUUCUAAGAGGUUUCAGUUCAAUGGUCAUACUAGAAGUAAUGCUGGGAGCUGAAGUAGUUUAUUGUUGUUGAAGUGUUUUUAAUGAACUGACAAGUGAUAAUGAUGAAAACUGAUAUCUUGUGACUAAACUUUUAACCCUCUUCAAAAAAAACAAAAAAAAAAAACAGUUCAAUAUCCUGUAUUGUCCAGGCCAGAUUUAAAUAAAGGUUCAGUCAGUUAGUAGCCAUGUAACAUCUGUAAACAGACCAAGUGAUUGAUUUUUUUAAUUUUAUGAGACAUGAUUUUUAUUCAAGUGACAACAUUCAUUCAACAAUUAACACCACAUUGUUUUUAUUAGAAGUUAUGUGCUGCUGUUUCAUAGUACUGGCAGUGUUAUAACAACAGAUAAUAAAGAUUUAUUCAUGCUCA